AUGAAAUCGGCUCUCGAAGCCAUCCUUCUACACUCUGGCCUAGAGAACGAAGAACUCAUUCCUGCAACGGACUUCGCAUCUCGGGAGGUAUCUGUUACCUCUCUUUGCGACUAUCCUGUCCACAUCGACAUGCGGAUUCCGGCCAUCCAUGAUCCUGGAUCCAAGAAUCUCGUCAGAGUGGAUACUGCACCCUCUGCAACGGAGCAUCUGGGUGACGAGGACGACGAUUCUGUUCUAGACGAUCUAUCCGGGCACAUCUCUCCGGGCGGGUUUCGUCUCUGGAUCCUUUCUUUACUAGAACUUGGUGUUCCUCCAACACAGAUUCUCGCUGACCUGGGCUUGAAGCUUCCGAAGCAUUCCUUUGGAAACGAUGUGCUCUUGGAGUUCUUGGAGCAGGUUGUCUUGGAGUUGUUGGAGGUAAAGCUACCGCGCAAGCGAAUUACGUCAUGUACAUCUCCUGAGGCAUUCAUUUACCAGCUCAGACGCGCAAGGAAGGUCAUCUUCCUGGUGGGAGCAGGGAUUUCUGUCUCGGCAGGGAUCCCCGAUUUCCGCAGCAAAAAUGGAAUCUACAAUAGGUUGCAGCAGUACAAUCUACAGAAGCCCACAGACAUGUUUAAUCUUGACUUUUUCAGGGGCAAUCCAAUACCAUUUUAUCGCUUUUGCCCCGAGAUUUUCCCAGGACCUCAGUUCAAGCCUACUGUUGUGCAUCUAUUUAUGCGAUUGUUAGAAAAGCGUGGUCAGCUACAAAGGAUUUAUACGCAGAAUAUCGAUUGCCUUGAGGUCCAGGCGCAGAUCACACAGAAAUACAUCAUCAACUGCCAUGGAUCGUUUCAUACGUUUACGUGCAUUGAUUGCGGGGCCAAGUUCCCCAUGGAGCUUUUGCGUCGAACAGUGGUUGAAGAGGCGUGCCUUCCGUUAUGUCGAGAGUGCUUCCAAUCGUUUCGACGGAGCUUCCUUUGCGAAAGGGAGCUUGCAGACGUCCAUGCAGCUGGCUCUUUGCUGGAUGGCGACGGGGAUCAGUUUAAGGCUGCUGUAAGAAGCGCCCUUGGAAGCUCUAUUACUCCACGCCUGGAAGAGCUGCUGAACAACACCUCUAGUAGUACAGUGCGCACAAAUUUCCCGUUUGACAAGGUAACCGAGGGCGAUGACCCCUGCUAUCUCAAGAUAAAGCUAGAUGACCUCUGCAGUAGCUCGGGCCAGCAUGCGGACGGAAGGUCGAGUGGCCUUCAGAUUCGGGGAAUUCUUAAGCCUCAAAUCAUAUUCUUUGGUGAGAAGUUGUCAUCAGAUCUGGAGGAGUUCAUCGACGACGAUUGUUCUGUAGCAGAUAUGUUUAUUGCAAUAGGAUCCUCGCUCCGCGUGAAGCCAGUUAGCGGGAUUUUGGGGAAGCUUCCGCGCACGGUGCCGCAGGUGCUCAUUAACCUGGAGUCGGUUGGACGGCCGCACAACUGGGACUUGGAGCUUCUGGGAGACUGUGAUAUCAUCAUGCGUUAUCUCCUGACCGAGCUCGGCUGGUGGGACGAGUUUCUGAGCUGCGCCCGAGAGCUCGGCCUUUCGAUCCGACGGAACGACGCGCUGGUUGCGCGCCAGAAGGUCUUCAAUGACGUCGCCGCGCCGUGGCGGUACAACGUCCGGCCGCGGAUCGUCGAGAUUGCAGGCUACACGCCCCGAUCGCGCCAGUAA